AUUCAUACGGAAUAAGGGGAAAAAAGAUUAAAAACAAGGACGAGACGAAGAACACAACAUAGCUUCGGACUUUUUUUUUGCUCUCUGGAGUUACAACACAACCAAAGAGCUAUAGAACUAUUCAAUAGGUGGUAUUUUUAGAGGUUAAAAUGAGCUUUGCUGCGCCAUCACUUGGUUCUGCUGGUGGUAGAUCUGCUAGAAGAGCAUUUGAGUUUGGAAGAACGUAUGUUGUCAGGCCUAAAGGUAAACACCAAGCAACAAUAGUCUGGUUGCAUGGCCUCGGGGAUAAUGGCUCCAGUUGGUCGCAGCUCUUAGAGACCCUUCCUCUUCCAAAUAUUAAAUGGAUAUGUCCAACUGCUCCUACUCAGCCAAUAUCUAUAUUUGGUGGCUUUCCGUCUACUGCUUGGUUUGAUGUUGGAGAGAUUUCAGAAGAUGCUCCUGAUGAUCUAGAAGGUUUGGAUGCUUCAGCUGCACAUGUUGCAAAUUUGUUGUCUACAGAGCCUGCAGACAUUAAGCUUGGUGUUGGAGGGUUCAGCAUGGGAGCAGCUACUGCCCUGUACUCCGCGUCCUGCUUUACUGCUGGAAAAUAUGGGAAUGGCAAUCCUUAUCCAGCCAACCUAAGCGCAGUUGUUGGCUUAAGUGGCUGGCUUCCAUGCUCAAAGACCUUGAGUAACAGGUUACAAGGGGUAGAUGAAGCUGCAAGGCGUGCUCAAUCCUUUCCCGUGUUGCUGUGUCAUGGAAAAGGUGACGAUGUGGUUCCUUAUAAAUUUGGUGAGAAAUCAUCAAAGUCCUUAAGUUCAACUGGAUUUCAGGAUGUAACUUUUAAAUCCUAUAAUGGGCUUGGACAUUACACAGUUCCGGAAGAGAUGGAUGAGGUUUGUGCUUGGCUAACGUCAAAAUUGGGCCUUGAGGGAAAUACUGCUUAGUUAGCAAGCAAAGGAAGAGAAAUGUGAAAAAUAAUUCUUUCCCUUUUUGGUCCAUCAUAAUUUUAAGUUGUUGCAGAUUUGCUUAGAUUUAUUUAUGUUGAUGAUAUGCAUAAUAUAUUAACAAACCAUUUUUAAACACUUAGGAGGCCUGAUGGCAUCUUCACGACAUGGUACUGUUAUUGAAACAAAACAUGGUGGUUCUUAUAGCAUUGUCACGGAAUGCUGCUAAUAUAUUAUGCUGAAGAGGAUUCUAAAAUGCUAUUUGAAAAUGAUUUAUAUAUCAUGGGGCAUUGAUCUUCCUUUGA